UCCGGUUGGUAGUCCUACCUGUGGGCUUGUGUGCAAAUCUUUUUUACUGUUUUUUUCUGCUCUGUUUUUUGAUGAAAUCAUACAAACUCUUCACAUAAAUAUAAAUUAUAUAUUCGCUAUAGGGACAUAAUACUCCGCUUACUGCAGCACAGUCUCUGGUAUAGCCUCAGUUAGCUAACCGUUAGCUUAGCUCGUCAGAUGUGUUUCAGCGUGGGGGCUCUUUGAUUCAUCUCAACAGGUGUUUAAAGCAGGGCAGCAAAGUCUAACCCGCGUUUCACGAUGGUAACUAUACCGAAAAUAGCUGUUUGGGAUUUUGCUGUUAUUGCCGUCUUCCUGAAGCCAGUGUUAUCUCAUCUCUAUUAGCUGUAACUGUUCAGCCAGCUGUUAAAUAGUUAAGAACUUUGUGGGAUGCUUAUCGGUAAGUUGACCUUUAGUUUCACGUGUUUUUGGAGCUUUACUCGUCUUCAGAGGGUUUUUAUCUUCAAUAAACGGGUAGUUUCGCGGGUCCAUCACAUUUCUACAAGUUACCAUCAUUCUGCGCCGUUUGCACACCGAACUGGACUUAAGCCUCUUGUAGUUAUGCUGCCAGCUAAUAUCUCACACGGCAACGACACCACUGUGCUUGCCUCAGAAGAUGAUGAUGAUGAGGGUGGUGGUGAUGAGAUGGUUAGUCAAGAAGGUGGGAUGAUAAAUGAGGCAGAGGUGAAAACGAUGAAGGUGACCCCAAGCAAAGAGGGUAUGAUGAGCAUGGAGAUCCAAAGAAGCACGGCAGACUGUGGAGCCACCACUGUCACUGGAUCAAAUGAGAAGAAAAUAAAGAGGAAGAUGAGGAGGGAGAAGAGGAAGCUGCUGAAGAAAAAGCACAAGUCAGAUGACACUAUGGAGACAUUGAUGUCUGAGCUUCCAUUUGCUUUUACGAGCCCAAGUUUGUGGAAGGAACUAGGAUUCACCAACUCGGAGUCAUCUCAGAAGAAGAGAAAAAGAGGAGACAGUGGAGGACGAGUUGACAGUGAAGACGAUGUAGAAAAAAAGAAGAAAAAAAAGAAAGAGAGCAAGCGACCCAACUACUUUGUCUCCAUCCCCAUCACUAACCCGCAGAUAAGCUCAGUCAUCGCUGAGGUCCAGAAGGCGGUGCUUGAGCAGGAGCCUCGAUUGGCCAAAGCCAUGAUCCCAAUCCCAAGUCUUCACAUCACGUUAUUAGUCACACAUCUCUCCAAUCAGGUGGAAGUAGACCAGGCGGUGACCGUGCUGGCCGGAGCCGAGCCAUUAUUGGCUGAGCUGCUGGGUGGGCGGGACUUGGUGCUGCCCUUCUCAGGCAUCGGUCAUUUCAGGAAGGAGGUGGUGUUUGUAGGGCUGGUCCCUGGACAACACAGACACACACUGGACAGCCUGGCAGAGCUGUUGCGGGCUCGUUUUGCAGAGCAGGGUCUUCUGCAGGAAGACUGUCGCGGGUUCGAGCCACACCUCACCAUUAUGAAGCUGUCGAGAGCGUCCAAACUGCGAUCUCAGGGUAUAAAGCGUGUUGAUCCAGCCCUCUAUUCCAACUACACAGACAGGUUUUUCGGAGACCAGACAGUGGAGCGUGUGGAUCUUUGUUCCAUGUUGAAAAAGAAGCAAAAGGAUGGAUAUUACCACACGGAAACGUCACUGCAACUCGAUUUGGUUCAGAACCCACUCCAUGCCAAACGCUCAAGUGGGCGUCGCCGGUCUGAGCCCGACGAGGCGGAGCUCCUGAGGGUCAGCAAACGACUGGUCGAGGACGCUGUCAAUCGCGCCCUGCAACAGUACAAACAGGAAACACUUCAGAAUGGGGGUGGGCCGAAAGCCACGGCAGCGCAGCCCCCGGGAAACACUGAGGAAAGUGCAACAAAGACGGACACUACAGCGAACUCCACCACAGACAACAGGAAGUGACAUCAUCUGAGCGCAGCGCAGAGACUGAAAAACCAGCCGCCCAGAGAGAACAUCCGCUAGGCCCGGCCAACCAGGAGAAGACUCUGUAAGCCCUGGGCACGAAGCCUGAACCAGCCAACCAGUCAGCCCAGCCCGCUGACUCGAUAACCCACCGAGCGACCACAGCGGCGAGCCAGUCACGCUAUCAGCCCACAUAACCCUGGCUCGACACAGCACUAGUUAAAUAGAUGAUGUAGCUUAAGAUCAACGUUAGGUGACCGUCCAAAAAAGCCCGCUAGCUCACCCACUAAGUCUGAUGUACGACAACUAACAACAAGAACAUCUUCCCUCAAACCUCACGCAGCUCUGCAUCUGCGUUUGUGCACAUCCAGCCCAGUUAGACACAUGUGAAACACUCCUCUACAUAUAGACACGCCCACGUAGGGUUCACUGUGACCUGUCACUCACAAACUGCCCUUCGAUGAUAAGAUAAGUGUGUGUUGGAAGUUUGAUCUCUAAUCGACUGCAAAUCUUCUUCCUCUAACCUUCACUUAAUUGUUUUAGGUGAAGACAUUUUUGUUGUUUUGUUGGCUUUUGAGAGUUUUUUUUUCCAUUGAUUUUCGAAUGGACAAAAGAAUACUCAUCUGCUCGUGCUCGUGGUUGUGAACAGAGCUGAGUUGUGAUUGGUUGGAUUCAGAUACAAUUUGCUGGUCUUUGUGUCGACUUUUUGUUUAACCAGCCCUAGUUAAUAAUGAGUCUGGGUUAAAAGCACUUUCAGUUCAUCCACUAUUGGAAAUAUAUCUCUAGACUUCCACUAACACUUGAUUUUUUUUUUUUUUUUUGUCCUGCUGGACGUUUUGUCUCCAAACUGCAGUUUUGUCUUCACUAUUUAUAGAAAGUGGUCUGAGCCCAGAUAUCCAUCAGUUCUGUUUGUUGUAUUAACCAUCUGUCUUCUGCUGAGGAAGCACCGAGACAAUCAUUAAGUUAAGAUCAACUAGUAAAAUAAGCUCUGAAUUAAUAUUUUAAAACACAAGCUAAGUCAUGCCAGUGGUCUGAUAUUCCUUUAAGGCUAUCCUUGCAAAAGUGUUUUUUUUUAGAUUGGAGAAUCUAAAUGAUCUCUUUAGCAUGAAUGCAUGAAUAUUAAUACUAAUACCACUGCUAGAAAACACUAUCAGCUGCCAAGAAGUUAGUUUUUCUCCGUUAAUGCCAAAUCCUCCAGUGCUCCAGCCUGGAAAUCUGUUCAGUUUGGAUCUGACACUGGGGUCGCAAAUGUUCUUCUGAGAAUUCAACCUCUCGUCUGAUCAAAUCUGGAUGGAUUUAAUAAUUUCGUUGUGUUUCAUUUACUAUGUUGCCAUUGCUUUUUUUUUUCUCAGUUGAAUGAAUUUACAAAAGGCCACAGAGCUGAGUUAUUUUCUGUGUCAUCCAACGGAGCCGUCUGGAGUUUGUACAGUCUUAAAGUCUGAAAGAAGAGGGUUUGAGGCUCAGUGUUGGUUUGGAGUGUUAAGGCUGAUCUUAGGAGAGUUUUAUCUGUAGUACUGUUCGUUAAAAAAAAAGAAAUCACUUGAAGCCGAGCAGCCGGCGGACCCAGUUAUUCUAAUGGCGACGCUGAGGUUAGCGAGGUUAACUCAGACAAUCGCUGCUGUCGGCUGAAACCCUCCAGCUCAUUUCAGUGUCUUCCUUCCAUUUUUCUUUUUCAUAAACUUCAAAAAGAAAUUAGCCUCCAUGUGCAGAGUUUGACCCCAGAGCUCAUAAAAUCCAUUCAGGCCGAUUAGAAACUAACCAACUAAGAAAUUAAGGCACAUUGUCUGACUGCAAAAA